AUGCGUUUCUUUACUCUUCUCCUCGCCGGUUUCGCGGCGCACGUCGGUGCGGCUAGCCCGCCCGCAGCCAAAGCCAACAGCCAGUCCAAGGUUUGGUGCGGAGCCAUUGCUUCGGGCCCCAAGAAUGAGAACAUCAAGUCUGUCGAUGGUACGUGGACUGUUCCCAGCGUGUCUCCUCCUGCUGGAGCUAACAAGACUGGUGACUACUGGAUCAAGAAUGGCACGUCUUACUACCAGGUGUGGUACGAGUUCUACCCUGAUGCUCCCGUUUAUCUCAAGAACAUUCACGACCUCAAGAUUACUGCUGGAAACAACUUCUAUGCCAAGGUAACUGCUACCGAUGCCAAGAGCGAUACCAUUUAUCUCCAGAAUAAGUUGACCGGCAAGUCCAAAUCUAUUGAUGUAAAGACGACCAGUGGCAGCCUCUGCUUCAAGGAUGCCAUCUUUGUGGCUGAGGCCCCCCAUAGCAGCAUGACCAACAUCACACCUCUUGCCAAGUUUGGUAAUACACAGAUUGGCGACAUCAAGGCCAGCACUUUCAACGGGACCGCGUUCAACAUCACUGGCGCUGAUUUCAGAGACAUGUACAACGGCACCACAAGGAUUUGCACCUCCAAGUAUGUUGAUGCCAGCAAUGUGAACAUUUCCAACUAA